UCGUUGCCCGAUCCCUAGAAGACGUAAUGAUCUCGACGAUCCGGAAAGAGGCAUGAUAUUCGUGUGCUCGGCCACUCACAAGACCAAGAGUAUGUUCUUCUUCUUGGCUCAAACUGAGCAAGGAGACAUAUUCAAGAUCACGCUGGAAACGGACGAGGAUAUGGUCACUGAAAUUAAAUUGAAGUACUUCGAUACCGUGCCGGUCGCGGCGAGCAUGUGCGUUUUAAAGACGGGAUUCUUAUUCGUAGCCUCGGAGUUCGGUAAUCAUUACCUCUACCAAAUAGNUUCUUCUUUGCACCGAGGCCACUCAGGAAUUUAG